UCUCAAUAUAGUUGUAACGAGUUAUCUGUCGUAUAUAUAACAUUAUAAAUUUAUAUAUUAUAAAAAAUAUAUAGUAUAUAUGGAAUAAUUUAAAAUACAUGUUUCUCAGUAAUUUUAAAUGUAUUUUGAAAGGUUAUGUGAUUAUGAUUCUUAAAGUAUAUCUAAAUUUCUUGUCCAUAAAUAUUAAAAAGUGAUAUGUUUGUUGCGCUUUAUAAGCGCCAAUAUUAUAUAAAAAAUUAAGAAUGGAACGAAAUGGCGCGAGAGAAAUGGAAGAACGAAUGUGCAUAAGAGAUACUGGAAAGACACUGAAAAAAUAUGGUAGUACAGCUAAACAUAUUACAAGAAAUGAAAAUUUAUUAAAACAUACUGUAUUAACAACUGAUACUCUUCAAGGAAUUGCUCUAAAAUAUGGAGUUACAACUGAACAAAUAAGAAGAGUCAACAGAUUAUGGGCUUCUGAUAGCUUAUUCUUACGGGAACAUUUAUUUAUUCCUAUUAAUCCAGAAAGUCCAUUAUCAUUAGAUAAUACUGAAGAAAUUGAACAUAAUAUAGUUCAAAAUGUUUCUAGUCCAUCUUCAAUAACAUCAUCUAUAGAUGAUGAUAGUUCAGUUAAUGAUUUUUUAGCUAAAAUGGAUUCUUCUAUAGCCAAUGCUAAAAAAGAAGUUAAACGUACUCAGGGGAAUAGUGAAUUUUGCACUGAGGAUAAUGAUAUCUAUGUACAAUCACAUAGAACAUCUUCUAAAUUACGUAAUUCGUUUCCUAUAACUUCAAAUGCAUAUACAGUACCAUCUGCUUCAGAAUCAUUAAGACCAUCUUCUAGUGACAUGCAUAAUUUUCCAACUGCUGUAGUUAUGACUCAGGGUAGAAAAGUGAAAACAUCAUUACAAAGACUUCAACAACAGCAAGAUGAAAUAUUCCAGUUGUAGCAAUCAAAUUUUAUUGAACUGUAAUAUAUUUAACACUGACAGUGACAUUAAAAAGUUUAAACAAAAGAUAUAUUAAAUACUGAAUAAUAUACUGGAAAUAGUAGAAAGCUAUUUCAUAUUUAAAAUUGGUUGAUCCAAUGUUAAUUCUGAAUACUAUCAUCAAUGGAUCAACAUAACUCUCAUAUUGUCCAAGCAUAUUUUUAAAAUUGUUCAAAUAAUAUUUCUUAGUAAACCAUAUGUGCCUUUAAUCCAAGUUGAUUGUGUAUUUCUGUUAUUUUUAUAAAAUAUAUACAUAUUUUAUGUUAUAUCUAAAAUAUUAAGCUUAUAUGAUUUCUUUCUAUAAA